AUGAAGAGUCUCAUCGCCGGACGUGGUUUGCAUCAAUUGCAACGCCAGCGUCUUGGUAUAGCGAGUGUCGUCGACAACGUCGCUGUUGUCUCCGCUAUCGAUCAGACGUCCUCUCUAAUGUUCUUGUCCAUACUUAUGUUGCGUGCGGUCACCAUGAGCUUUGUUGCUGUCAUCCUUUUGGCUGGUAAAUGGCAAUCCAGUCCAAAUUUUAAGCAGCUAGAUGAUGAUGGACAACUAAGCAGCUAG